UCGAAUUGUCACAAGAAAAAUUUGUCAAAAUAUGCAAGUGACACGUAACUUUAUAUAAUUAAAUUUAAUUUUUGUGACCUCCAAAUGUGUAAAUUCGCGAAAAACUUUAUUUCCGCCGGUUAAUUGUUUUAUGACAAAAUGUCUGACAAAAGUUUCGGUGAUCACACGAACAGGAAUGUUGUGAAAAAUCCACUUCUUCUGACCGCAGUGACUGGUCUCUCUCUAGAAGAUUUGACACAUAAUGCUGUUUUGCUGCCCGUAGCUCAGAGUCAGGAGCUGAUCACUAGACAAGACCAACACAGCGGGUUCCAGAGCAUUGCCCUGGCCGAAUCCGACCCCACCGCUCCUAGGGACUCUCCCAAUGUCGGCAACCCUCCUCCCCCCACCCCGAACCAGAAUGACAGAACGUCAACCGUGUCAAAAGCCUCCAAGUCUGACGACGAUUUUGACGUUAACGAAUACUUCGCUAGGCUGCAAGGCACGAGAUAUGUCAGCGCUCCUAUAAACAGCACACUAAAAGAAGAUCCGCAAGUGGAUUUGCAAGCGACAGAGGAAAACCUGGAAGAAAUAAACCUAAAUGAGCCAGAGAAACCUGUAGAAACGCAAAGCAUUACAGCAGAUAUAGCGCAGAAUUUCUCUCAACUCCCGACGGUUUUACCCCAAGUUGCUAGCGCUGUCUUCAGCUCUUUCUCCAAUUUGAUGAACUAUAAGAGCAGAGAGCAGACUCCUGAUGAGAAACCCUCUGAAUAUAAAGAAGUCCAUAAGGAUGUGGGGUUCCCAAGGCCGGAUAAUGUGGGGUUCCCAAGGCCGGAUGAGGUGGGGUUCCCAAGGCCGGAUGAUGUGGGGGUACCGAUGAGGACAGAGGAUGUAGCGUUGAUGGGAAUGGACGAACCGGCGGUGCCGAAAGAAGUCCCGCCGCCUCCGACCGUGCCUCCUCCUAGUGGUGCCUCCAGCUACCGGAUAACUACGAGGAAGAAGAUAUACGCGCAGAUCCCUGGGCUUAGUUCGCAGACGGGAGGGUCUAGCUCCCAAAUGCCAGGUCUAAACGCGGACGGGGUCCCAGGGCUCCGACCCGGGCUGGGGCGCCGCCCCCCGCCAGAGGAACAGCCGCCAGUGCCUGAGCAUCGGCCUCUGACCAGAGAAAACCGACCUCCCUCCUCGCAACCUUCUCAUGGGGCAAGAAGCCAUGCGCCUACGUCUCGUUCUCAGUUGCCGGAACGACCGCCUUUAGCUCAUUCUGCUACGCCAGAGAAUAAUGCUUCUAGGCCAGGCAACAAUGCGUCCAUGGCAGGAAAUAAUGCUACAAUGCCAGGGAAUAAUGCUCCAUUGUCAGGGAAUAAUAACUAUAUCCCAGGGAGCAACGCCCGCACUCCAGGGAUUAACGACUAUAUCCCUGGGAAUAACGCUCAUAUGCCAGGAAUUAACGACUAUGUCCCAGGGAACAGCACCCACAGGCCAGGAAGUAACGAUUAUAUCCCUGGGAACAACGCACAGAGGCCAGGGAUUAACGACUAUAUCCCUGUAAACAACGCAUAUACGCCAGGGAUUAACGACUAUAUCCCAGGGAACAAUGCCCAUAUGCCAGGAUAUCAAGUCCCGAUGCAUCAGCAACCGUUUGCGGCAGGAUCUCAUGCUCCACAGCAACCCUUAAUACCGUUUCCUUUACUAGGAAUGGGCGUUCCUGAUGCAGGGUAUUACACUCCUCUAGCGGGGUACCAAGCUGCGGUACAAGUGCACUACGAUCCGGGGUACCACGGCGGUAGUUAUCCCCCGAACUAUUCAGUUCAAACAUAUCAAAUACCUCCAGUACAUCCGCCAAGGCAAGAUUGUUACGUUCCACCAGACCGCCAUGCCCCUCCUGGUUUUCCCCAAAGGGUUUCACCCGCAUACUCGCCCAAUCCACAGGCUGAUACGAAACCGACUAUGUUUCACGAGUACAUGAAUCGCCGCAGGUCUUUUCAACACGAUCUCUACAAUUUAGGGGUUCCACAAAACCACGCUCAGUCCGAUGAUCAAGUGGCCAAUGUUUACGCGACACAACCUAACGUGACUGUACCUUCCAGAAAUACUGAUAGAUCAGUUACUAUAUACCAACCAUCGGGUCUCCCACAUAGGCUGCCUUUACGCAGAACUACGACGCCGGAUCCAUCAGAAGUUUGUCCCUCAGAUGAAAUUUUACGAGCUUUAGAUCCUUGCAAUAUUUUCAAUCCAGCAGCACAACGGUCAUCACAGGCAGUUCCACGUACAUCACAGAAUAUAAUUGGGACUCCGUCUCAAAUGCCACAAGCUGCGAGCUCUCACCAGGGUAUCAAAAUUUUUAAUCCACUAGAAUCGCAUCAAGAUACUCCAGCUCAAAAUUUGCCGCCACCAGAUCUAACAAAAUCUGUAGGCACAUCAAAAGAGUUUAACAUAUUAAACCCUCUAGAAGCUCGCGGUCAAGAUAUUAGGCCUGCAGCAGUCAAAGAGAACGAAGCCAAUUUGUUUACGACAGUUGAACAAAAAGCACAGCAAUCUAACCCGCCACCACCGAUCCAAGGACCGUCAAGUGUUCCAUCGACUUCGAUCAUUCCGCCCCCGCCCAUGUUCUCAAAUCUUGCUAGAAGAGAUAGCCAGUCUUCUGUAGGAAAGGCAGUCUUACCUCCGUCUGUAGCCAGGCGCAUUGGAGCUCACCACCCCAUUAUAAAACCUCAAACAAUGCAGCCUGCCUCAAUUCCUACUGGCAAUAUCUUCGUUCCUGCAACAACAUCCAACGACAGUGGUAGAUCUCCAAGCGCAUCUGACCUGCCAAGGACAGACACACCACCAAGUACCAAUGUACCUUCAGCGUUCGUCCAAUUCCACGCGUCUUCGCCAUCGGUUGUCAAUUCCAAGUCAGGGUUCAUUGAUGGGGGUAUCUCAACUAUUUCCAUACCAUACAAGCAGCCCCAAAUGCGAUACGGGUAUGACUGUGAUCAUGAGUUCCCACCAGCGUGGUUCCCGCCUGGUCCACCUGUGCAAAGGCCUAAUGACAGACCUUAUGCAGUCCCUGAUGAUGGGUCAAAUGACACGCCGCCGCCGCUACCUCAACGGCGACCGAAGAGAAAUACGUGCCAAUGCUUUGACCAAGAACCGGCGUCAAAUGAUGCUGAGGUUUCUGAACCUGCUGCUGAACAAACUACUGCAGAGGCAGAAUACGAUGCUCCUAAUGAAGAACAACAGGCUCCAGUAGCAGAAGACCCCACACCAGAAGCCGCUAGAGCUAUUCCUGAACCUCCUAAAGUGACUGGGAAUUUAAAUUACCGGAUGACAAAUAGAAGGCCUCAAUAUUACUCCGGGCCGAUAGAAGGCGUUGGAGCUAUAAGUAAUAGUGUAAGGCCUGUUAUACCGACAGCAGAGCCUUAUGCUUUUCAAGGCGCCGUGUUCAUCCCUAGCGCACCUCAACCAGAGGCUUCCGAUAUCGAACCAGCUCCGUUUGAUAUAAGCCAACCGACUAAUUCAGCGUCUUAUGCCCAGAAUGAUAUAAAUCAAGCUCAAGCUACUGCUCAACCGGGUUACAACACUGCUUUUGAUGUAAGCCGACCGAUUUCAGAACCAUUCGAACCCCCUCAAGAGUCCAAAGGCUUCGGUAUCAUUGGAUCUUUAAAAUCUAAACUGAGUGCCCUAGAUAUCAAUAAGAUCCAAAAUACUGUAACGACGUUCUUCGAUCCUGCUUACAACGACGCUAAAGAAGCAGCGACAAAUGAAGGAACUUCUCGUGAUUACAAUCAGGGGAGUUCAGCUUUUGGACAACUAGAUGGCGGUUUGGAAAUAUUCGUGCCCAAUAACGAGCAGAGUCAAACUUACACACAGGGUUAUAAUAGUCAAUUGAAUUACCCUAGUUAUAAUUAUAGUCAAAGCAACCAGUAUUAUCAGAAUCAACCGUAUUACACGCAAAAUCAAGGAUACAGUUAUGAACAGGGUUAUGCUUCUCCAGACUCGCAAAAUCAAGGAUACAGUUAUGAACAGGGUUAUGCUUCGCCAGUUUAUGGAAAUUAUUUACCAGAUCCACCGUCAACUGUACAUCCAAACGUUCCUGCACAAGUACCCUCAUCGCAAGAUGUUCAAAGACAAGUCUCAGAGGCUCCUGGUCCGAGCCAAAUUCCUUCAGCCCGUAUACCUGAUGUAGUGCCUUUGAUUGAGCCAACCAAUCAACUAAUCGUUGGAGAUAAUAUAGAGCGUGCGAUUGAGGAAACCAAUCAACUCGCUUUAGUUGAACCUGAAGCUGAAGAAAUUGUAAAAAAACCUAUGGCUAGUGAAACACCGAUGGAGACCAGUUCGGCGUUAACGCAAAGUUAUAACUCGUUUAUCAAUAACAAUGAAGCGAUUUCAACACCAGUGUCUAUAUUUUCGCAAAUAAAUGUAGACACUAACAAGAAUAAACCAGUCAAUACAGACUCGAAUUCAGAGCCACAGGCAUCGCUGAAUUUCUUUGACAAUCAACAAUUUCAUGUACCAACUACAAAUGCAGAUAUUAGUGAUCAGUUGAAGAAUAUGCAAAUAUCUCAAAACAGUGUUGUCGAGAAUUCUUCAGCGUCUUCAGUAUUCUUAAAUAAUAAUAUUCAACAUGACGUCAAAAGCAGUAUUGACUUCUUUGAAAAUAUAACUAUUGUAACCAAACAAAGUGACACUGAAACGAAUAACGCUGACUCUGAGACGAAUAUGGGCAAUAAUUUACUGCAGAUUCAAGAAAGACAGGACAGUGUAUCAACAGUUGACGUGUCUUCUGUCCCGCUAUUCGAUUUGUCCACAAUUCUUGCUGCAAAAUCAAAAGAAAGUGAGGACCAUGAUGUUAAAAAUGUUGCUUUGGAAGGAGCGGACAGAAAGAAAGUCGAUAGUGGUUCUAGCAUCGAUUUUACUGAGAACAUAAGUACUUUACCUCAACCACUGACAGAUGAAGAAAACGAAGGUGUCUCUGAACUAAGCAUUUGUGAAACAUGUCGAGAAGUUACCAAACCAGAGGAAAAAGACGUUGAUGAUUUAACUAGGCAGCUGAUUGAAAAUAUUACCUCACCAAUACAGCUAUCAAAUCCUGUGGUCGCUCCUCUUACAGAGAGUAACACGCCGGUUGAUGUUCCAACAGAUUUUGAGUCAAAUCAAUGCGCUGAGAUAUCACAUAUAACUGAAGAAACGAUUGAAACUAUUCAAGUACAGUCUGCCACUGAGUUAUUAGAUGAGGUUGAAGAUAUACCGAUUAGCAACGUCGUUAACUACGGUUGGAAAGACGAAACAUUUAAUGCACCAUCUGAAGUGCUAUUAGACCAUGACUACACUUUUCAGAUGGAUCCUAAUGUGCUAGGAUUUUACGGGAGCAAUGCUAUGUUCUUCGAGAACAUUCCUAAUAAUGCAUCAGAUGAGUUGAAAGCUGAAUUUAAAAGUUCUCAAGAAGAUUCACCAGUGGUUCUGCCUUCACCAAUAAGUGUGCCUUCAGCGCCCCCAGCGGAAGACGAUGAUACUAAAUCGGACGAAACUGGUGGACUUGACGUUCAUUCCAUAGAGCAGGAUGCAAAGAAAGACUUCCCCAUUUUCGAAGAGUUCGUCAUUGAACCAUCUGAAACAGAUGAUGACAAAAUAGAGUACAAAGAACGGGAACGAAGCUCAGACGAUCCGGACCCGGAUGUAGAUUCAUUCACGAAUAGAGUGGAGAAGUUCAAGAAAAUGGAAGAGACUGAUAAUGAUGAUUUAACAGAGGAGCAGAAGAACAUGCUUUUCGAUAUCGCAUCGGCCAGCCAGAACGCUAUCGCGAGCCCCUCCAUCGCGAUUGCUUCGUAUUUUGACACGGGAAACUUUGCUGUCGAAUCGCAUUACAGAAAUUCGCUCUCAUCCCCUUCAGGGCUGCAUUUCCAAAUGGGUUCUCCCGAAAUCCCUAUGCGCAUUCCGCCAGGCUUUGAAAACGAAUUCAAGAGGAGACUAAGUGGUUUGAUCGCUAAAGACAAUACAAUGCAUGACAUCAACGAUGAUAAGGAUAAGGAUAAAAAUCUACCGAACAUUCCAGAAACAUCAACCCAAACGCCUGUAGUAUCCACUACUACAUACAGCAGCGUGUCAAACGUUGGCGAAACCACUGUCACGUCAUCGAACAUUGGCCCAAUAGCUUCGGAGGAAAAGCCUAAAGUGCAAGAAAGUGAUAUACCAACAUUUGCAGUAUUCCGCCAAGAUUCGGGCGAUGCUGCGUCUCCUCUAGCUAAUAUUGUGAAGAAAGAGACAGCAGAACCACCAGCAGCAAUCAUUACAUCAAUUCCUGUGACAGAAAAUCUUCCAGACCCUAUAGGCUUCUUUUCUUCUGCCCAAGAAGCAACAAAUGCUGAACCUGACAAUAACUUCAAUAGAUUAGCUAGUUAUUUCACAACUCCAGCCAAAACGGACCCUGAAAAGUCUUUUUUUGAGCUUAGUCAAAGUCAAAACCAUUAUAGGCAUGCCACAUCAAUUUCUAGUAAUAAUUUAAUAGCUCAAAACGUACCAAGUAGCAAUUUAUUUUCAAACAAUAACAUUCCAGCCGACGCUUAUUUAGCAAACAUACAACUUAUAAAAGACUUGACAUCACCCCAAAAUAUCGAAAUAAAUAAAGAUCAAAUCGUUCGAACUGUGAAUUACUUUACCGUGGAAUACGACAACGAUGAAUUCAAAAUAAAAACAGAUGAUAUUAAAAAAGAUGAUUCAAAAAAAGAGAAUUUAGAUAAAUCUACGAAUUGUACUGAAGAUGUGGAGGAUGAUGAUAGUUUAAAUGACGAUAAAAUAUUGACUAUUAUGUCUAAAUGCAAACACUGCUGCAAUCUUGACCCUCGACGCGUUGUGACAUUCAAAGUUGAGUUAGAUAAUGUUAAUUUCAAAGUUAGGAAGGCUAUGGACACGGAGGGAUCGGAUCCGAGUAAAGGUCCUGCAAUGGAGGGAAAGAAAGAUGAGAAAAAAACAGAAGUGACUGUUACGUUUGAAGAUACUAAUGAAGAGAAUGCUGGGGUAGCGAUCUUGUCUGAGAGCCGUUCGUCGUCCGACUACUCCCCAGUGAAGCACCACUGGUUCUACCGAGUCGACGUCGAGGGCAAGUCGAUAUGGCGCGGGUUUUCAGCGACGGAUAGCAGGGCGCUGGAGGAAGCUUUCCACAGCCCGGAUCUGAACGAAAACACUCUGGUGGCUACCGACGGAGGCAGGUUUGACGUCAACGUGAUGGGGCGGCUCCGCAUUGCUGUCUACUGGCCGGAUAAGCCAACGAAUGUCAGGAGAUGCAGCUGGUUCUACAAGGGUGCUACUUUAUACGUGCCGUACACAGAACCCAUCGCUGAGAAGUUGGAGGAGGAAUACCGCCACGGUGUGACCACAGGCGAGUGGCACAGGCGUUUAGUGCUGCCCAACAACGAAUCAGUUGUGAUGCACGGGCCGGCCGUCAUGGUGCACUUCCCACAGUCAGCUUCCGAUCCCUUCGGUUCAGCUCCCGAAUCCACAAUGCGCCCACGCGUCGUAAGGCGGGGCAUAGACGAGGCGGAGAUCGAAGACCCCGAACCAUCGAGCAUAGACCACCUGCUGCUGCUCUGUCAUGGCGUCGGAUCCGCUUGCGAUAUGCGCUUCAGGCCGGUUGAGGAAGUGGUGGACGACUUCAGAGCGACUAGUCUACAGUUACUGCAGUCACACUACAGGAAUUCAUUUGACAAGGGCGUCGUGAACCGAGUCGAGGUGCUCCCAAUCUCGUGGCAUUCCACCCUCCACUCAGGCGAAACGGGGGUGGACAAGCGACUGGCAGAGAUCACCCUCGAGAGCAUACCCCGCCUUAGAAGUUUUACCAACGACACGCUAUUGGACGUACUGUUGUAUACCAGCCCGGUGUUUUGUCAGACAAUCAUAGACACAGUCUGCGCGGAACUCAACCGCAUAUACAAGCUGUUCAAAGUGCGGAACCCACUGUUCAAGGGGUCCGUAUCAUUAGGGGGCCAUUCACUGGGCAGCGUGAUACUGUACGACUUGCUGUGCCAUCAAUUGGGGGCGACUGAAAAGGCUAGCUCGCCUGAUAAGAGCUACGUAAGUGGCGGCGCCGGCACCGGCCAGCCUUCCGUGAUCUACCCGAAUUUGGAGUUCACUCCCGCCGCUCUAUAUGCCCUUGGGAGCCCUAUCGCGAUGUUCGAAUGCAUACGCGGCGUGAAGUCUCUUGGAGCGGACUUCACUCUGCCGACUUGCAAGAAUUUCUUCAACAUAUUUCAUCCUUACGACCCCAUAGCGUAUAGAAUCGAACCGCUAAUCAACUCUGAGCUUGGCAUAGUGAAACCGUAUUUGAUUCCGCAUCACAAAGGAAGGAAACGCAUGCAUUUAGAACUAAAGGAUACCAUGGCGCGAGUGGGCGCCGAUCUCAAGCAGAAGCUGUUGGAAUCCAUUAAAGCUACCUGGACCAGCAUGUGGAAAGCACAGCCGCCCAGCGAUGGACAACUGGAGAAGGUUGUUGAAGAAGAAAUAGAAAAGGAGCAGUUAUGCGAAGAAGUGAAAGAUGAUGCAGCUCAGAAUGACGUGGUGGCGACCCCAGAAAUGCUGGGGCGCCUUAACGCGGGGCGCCGAGUGGACUACGUACUUCAGGAGGCGCCGUUUGAGAUGAUCAACGAAUAUCUGUUCGCGAUGAGCAGCCACGUCUGUUACUGGGAGUCGGAAGACACGAUGCUGCUGAUCCUCCGCGAGAUAUAUGACUGCAUGGGGGUCCAGCCCGACUGUACUGUUCCCCAGCAGAGCAUGACUGUACAGAGGACACGGAUGACGCAGGACGAGACCAUCAUUUCGGGAACGGCAGGAUACCCUUCAACAAGCCGCGGGGGUACAUGAAUGAUUUAAAAAUUAUAGCAUAAUUACAAUUAUUACAUAAAUAAUACGUAAAGUCAGUAAUAUUAUGAACGAAAGAAACAUGGAAACAACCCAGAAGCAAACUAAAUUAUUUCAAACUUUCCCGCGGCCACUUUCAAAAACCGGGACAAAAAUUUUAUGUUUUUCUCCUUGAAAAAUUAUAAUACCUAAACCUUCCUCAUGAAUCAUUCUAUCUAUUGAUGAAAAUUGCAUGAAAAUCCGUUCAGUAUUUUUUGAGUUUAUCUUGAACAGACAGGCGCAGCGGAAGACUUUGGAUGUUUUACAAUGUUUUAUAUUCAAAUUCAAAUUAUUUUCAAAUUAUUUAUUUGCAGAAUGUGGUACAUUAGAUGUUACAUAAUUAAAUGGAGCAGGACACAUUCGCCAGAUAUGAACCAGCAUGCAAAUGUUUUACAUAAGUCAAUUUAUUAUUAAUCAAAAUUUAAAUAUCAUCUACCUAAUUUCUAAAUGUUUUACACAAGUCAAUUUAUUAUUAAUUAAAAUUUAAAUAACAUAUACCUAAUUUGCUUAGUCAGAAUAAUUCCUCCAGUCAUAAUAUUCCUUAAGUGAAUAAAAACAAUUUGUAUGUAACCAAUUUGUCAACCCUAUUUUGAAUUCCCUACCAUGUAGCAGCUUAAUAUAGUCAGGAAGAUUAUUAAACAGUUUAAUGCACAUGUUAUAUGCAUUUCUUUUGUAAAUAUCGUAACGACAUGGUGGUUGGUACAGGAGAUUUACGUACUGCGCUCUUUGCGGCCGGACAGAGACCUCUGUUACUUUUUGAAAAUAUUCUGGGUGUGAUUUUACCAUUAAACACGCCUUCAGUAUAUACAUACAAGUCAGCGGAAGAAUUUUGAGUGUUCUAAACAAUGGUCUGCAGCUGUCCGUAGGCAGUGCAUAGGUCAUAGCCCGUAUGCAUUUUUUUUGGAGCUUUAACACCCUUUCAAUAUCUACGGAAUUGCCCCACAGGACCAGGCCAUAGUUCAAGACUGAGGAAACAUAGCCAUAGUAGGCUGUUACUGCUGCUUCGAGUGACACAGUAUUCCUGAGUCGUCUCAAUGCAUACACGAAACGAUUUAGUCUCUUACAUAUAGAAUCGACUUGGCCCUUCCAAUUCAAGUAUUUGUCUAUAUGUAGCCCCAAGAAUUUUACACUAUUUGUUUCCGUUAUAUUGUCGUCCAAGUAAUUUAUGUCUAUAUUUCUGUGUCGUGUUCUGUAUGAAUGAAAUUGGAUAAAAUUUGUUUUUAAUAAAUUAACAUUCAGAUUAUUUUUCUUUAACCAUGCUAUAACAUCCACCAAGGCCCUGUUUGCAUUUAUCCCAUAUUCGCCAAUAUCCUCACCUCUGACUAUAAUUGUUGUAUCAUCAGCAAACAAGAUACAUCUUUGUGCUGUAGCCAGAGGUAAGUCAUUUACGUAGAUCAAAAAUAGCAAGGGUCCUAGAUUGCUCCCUUGUGGUACACCGUACUCGUUUUUUCUAAAUUUAGAUCUAAAGAUUUGUUUAUUGUAGCUUUUUCCAGAUUUUAAAAUUUUUGUUAUUUCGGUGCAUUGUUGUCUGUUUUGUAAAUAACUUUUAAACCAUUCAAGUGUAGUCCCUCUUAUACCGACCGAUUCCAGCUUUGUCAGUAGAUUAAGGUGAUCCACAAAAUCGAAGGCUUUGCUCAUGUCCAAGAAAAUAGACAUAACGGGAAUUUUUUCAUUAAUAGAUUCCGUUAAACUCCUAAUUAAAUUAAAGCAAGCAAGUUCGGUAUUGUAUCCCUUACGGAAACCAAAUUGUUCGGGCCGUAAUAUUUUAUGUUUAGACAGAAAUUCGUUUACUCUAAGACACAUAGCUUUCUCAAAAAUUUUAGAAAUAAUGGGGACAAUUGUUAUCGGUCUGUAGUUGUUUGGAUCUGUGCGGUCACCCUUUUUAAAGAUUGGUUUGACGAUAGACAAUUUAAGCUGUUCAGGAAAUUUACCCUGAACAAAGGAUAAAUUGAUUAAUUAUUUUCUGCUACCUUUACCUGCUACCUUUCACUACCCAUAACUUCCGAGAAUGUUAGAGAUUUCAAGUACAUUCGGAACCUGUCGAUAUUGUCUGAAGAGUAGUCUCUCUUCAUUUCAAACCAUGUCAUGAGUGCAUUGGACUUUUUUACAUUGAAUGCUACGCUCUGACCCGUCUCAUGAUCAGAAAGACAAAGUUUAUGUAUCUGUGGCUCUACCUCUUCUAUAUUUGUAGCGAUUUGAUCCAGACAAGCAUCCAUUCUAGUAGGGUGCUUUAUAUGCAUAAUAAUGCAUUUCCAAAAAUAUAAACUUGGAAGAACAAUUAAAAUAAUAGAAAAAGGUUAGUUUCUAUGAUUUUUUCGUUCGCUGUAUUUAAAUUUAUAUGGAAAUAGUGGUAAGUAAGUCAAUUGGAAUUAUUUCAGGCUUAAAUACAAUAUUUUGCACCUUACCCAUUCGAUUUAAGGUUGAUUAUACAAAUAAUAAUUUCAAUUAUAAUUUUUUAAAUCUUUGGUGCAUCAAUGUGUUGAAACUUAUUUACUGGGUGUUAAAGUAUAAAAUUGAUUGUUGUUUUAUUACAUACAGGGUGUAAAAUAUAUGUUUAUAACUGAAAUAAUA